AUGUCAGGAUUAUCAAAUAUUCUCGCUAUUGAUUUUAAGCGUACAGAGAGAAUCGCUUUGACGACAGCUCUUAGAGAAUAUAUUUCUUACUCAUACGCUGAACAUCCUGAUGCAUACACCGACGACUUUCGUAUUCUUGACGAAUUAAGAACGGAUUGUUUAAAUUUAGAAGUACAUCAGAAUGCAUUGAAUCGACUGUUGAAAUAUUAUGGACAAUUAGUAUUUAUUGGGUCAAAAUUUCCAAUCGAUGUAGGAAUAGAAUUUCCUUGGUAUUCGGCUUUUUCUGAUGAAAAAAAACCGAUUUCGCAUAGAAAUUUUUAUUAUGAGAAAGCAUGUGUUUUAUUUAAUGUUGGUGUUAUGUAUAGUCAGCUUGGAGUAUCUGAAAAUAGAGCAACACCUGAAGGUGUCAAAAAAGCUUGCAAACAUUUUCAAUUAGCAGCUGGAUGCUUUAAACAUUUGAACGAAUCCGUUAUACCAGAAAUGCGAAUUGCAUCAACUUUAGAUAUGUCACGCGAGACUUUAGGUGUUUUGAUAAAUACAAUGCUCGCUCAAGCUCAAGAAUGUUUUUGGCAAAAAGCUGUUUAUGAUAAUUUCAUGGAUGGAACUGUUGCAAAAUUAGCAAGUCAAGUUUCUGCUUAUUACGAGUCGGCUCAUGAAUUGGCUUCAAAUUACCCAGACGUUGCUAAAAUGUUGGGACAAAAGUUUCUUACACAUUUGCAAGUAAAGUCUUACCAUUUUUCUGCUGCUGCAGAAUUUCGAAAGUCUUCUGAAUGUAUUGGUCAAAAUAAAUAUGGUGAAGAAAUUGCUAGAUUACAAGUGGCUGAAGGUUAUGUGAAGCGUAGUUUUGAUCAAAGUAAACAUCUGAGAGAUGCUGUCAUAAAGGAUUUGGAGUCAUUGCAUACUGCAGUUUCUUCAAACCUCAAUCGAGCCAUAAAAGAUAAUGAUAUUAUCUAUUUAAAUACUAUUCCAGCAGCUUCAUCAUUAGAAAUUAUUGGUAAGGCAAAUUUAGCUGCCCCACAUCUUCCUCCUGAAGUCAAAGAUCCUAUUUCUUUGAUGAAUGAAAAGUCGAUUUUGGGUAUGCCCCUAUUCGUGAAACUUGUUCCUUUUGCCAUCCAUCAAGCCCUUAGUGUAUAUUCAGAUCGUAAAGAACGACUGAUUAAGGAUGAAAUUUUAUCAAAACUAGAAGAGUUGACAAAUAUUUGUAGCAGCACAUUGCAAUCUCUAAAUUUGCCCGCUUCAUUAGAUAUAUCUGAACGGUCGUCAAUUCCACCACAAUUGCUAGUCAAGUCACAGGAGGUUCGUAAUGAGGGUGGAUUUUCUAGAUUGGAGGCUAUGUUCAAAACUGUACAAGAAUUUUUCCCAAACAAUUAUAAAAUUUUAGAAGAGGCGUUGAACGUAUUGGACGCAGAAGCAGGAGAAGAUGAAGAAUGGCAAAAUCAAUUUGGAGAAAGAUGGAAGAGAGAACCUUCAGAGAAUAUUAAUAAAGCUUUAGUAGAACAAGCAAAUAGACAUAAAAAACUGCUUGAACAAGCUCGUAAAGGUGAUAAUAGAAUUCGAAAUAAAAUGGACCAAUGGUCAGGCUUUAUUCAAUUGUUGUGUGAAGAUAAAGAAACUUUAGCAAAUUCUAUUCCUUCAGAUAAUGUAUCAUCUGGGUCAGCACAAUUAGAUAUUCAAGAAAUUACGAAUGAAUUACGAAACCAAACAAAUGAGGCUUACAAUUUCAUGAGAGAUCGCCAAAACACAAUUCAAGAAGUUAAAAAAACGGCAGACUUAGAUGAUAUCGGCCCAAUCUUGCUUAGAGAAGCAGCCAGAAUAACGACUACGAGUGGCACUUCAACAAAAAUUGAACCAGCGCAAUUCGAGGAAUUAUUCACUGAACAGUUGAAGAAAUAUGACAGAUUUUUAGAAUUAAUACAACAAGAAACUGAAAGACAAAAUAGAGUUUUGAUAUAUAUUAGAGAAAAAUUCCAAGAAUUCGAUGAAAAACGUAGAAAAUCAAUUAAUAACCCUGAAAGAGUAAAUGCACUUACAAACCUUGAUGAAUUGAUAUCUAAUAAUAACCUUAACAGAAUACAAUCAAGUGUUUCAAAUUUGUCACUUACAAACGAAAAAUCAUCACCUAUUUCACCUACAAAUAGAGUUUGGACAAGAGGUACUCCUAUAGUUUUUUCACCACCUUCUCAAGGAAGUAUUCAGACGCAAUCACCACAAUCGGCAAGAAAUAGUACAAGUGGUGCUUGGAAGGAAAAUAUGGAUGUAAGAUUUAAAGAUAAUAAUAGGAAUUCAUAA